CAAGGUACGUGUUGUGAACGAGGCUGGUAACGUCUUUUUCUUCUUGCGCUUAUCCUCAAACAUAAGUUCAAUCAGGAGUUCUGAGUAAGUAUUAUAUCUUUGCUGGGUGGAUGCAUGUUGAUUUAAUCUUCUAGGCAAAAGGACGAAACUAUGCAGUUCUUGCUGACAGUUGUCGGUGCUAGGGGACUCAAACAUCCGCUUCCCACUCCUCAGUCUUGUAUGCUCUUCGUUACGAUCAAAGCAGACGGAUGUGAACCGAUGAAAACUGAUUGUGUUGUGGGACCCUCCGAUCCAAACUGGAAUUCUUCUUUCACAUUGAACACGGUGAAGACUUCGCAGAUGUGUUUUUGCAUUCGCCACACCCCAGAUGCCAAUAGUCCAAGUGGGGAUUCGAUGUCGUUAGGUGAAGCGAACAUGGAAAUCGGUGAACUACUACUGUCUCUUGAUAGUAGCAAUGGCGUAUCGAUCCCUAUUUAUGACUCCAAGUCGGAGCAGCAGGUUUGUAAAGGUUAUUUGGAUGUCAAGAUCGGCAACUUGGAAGAUAGACAUUCCGCAUUAGUUACCUCUGAAAAAUCCAUAUCCGGAAACGUUUCACCUGUGGCUAAUGAGGCUGUUGAAAUCGAGCAUCCAUUACCACUCUCGAACCAAGACAAAGCUGAUCUGGUCGUUGAGACCGCCAGGGCAAAAUUACAAUCCUGCCCACCACAAAGCUCGUCAUAUAAAGAAUUACUCAGUAUUUUCUCAAAUAGCCUCUUGUCUCGCUACGAGCAGAAAGGACAUGGCAGCCAUAUUGCAGUUUUGUGUAACCUUGCAAACGCUCUGAAACAUAACUUCACCCGCUAUGGACAAUCUAGUGACUUGGAGCAGAGCAUUCAGUUGUAUCGCUCUGCUGUGGAUUCGUGCUCUCCUCGUGAUCCUAAAUACCUUGCGGUGGUCCAAAGUUAUGCCUCCGGACUACGGCUUCGCUUUUCUCAUCAGGGAGAUGCCCAAGACCUUGAAUUAGCUAUUCAAAGUUGCAUCAUUGCGCUAGAUCACUGCCAGCAGGGACAUCCACAUCGUGCCGCAUUACUGCAAACCCUUUCCAAUUCUAUAUUCAGUCGAUUCGAUUUGAGAGGACAACCAAACGAUUUAAAGCUUGUCAUUGAAUAUUCUACUACUGCACUGGAAUUGCGACCUCCAGGGCAUCCUGCCCGCUUCUCCUCUCUUUACGGCCUCGCUGAAGCUUUGCAAUUCCGCUUCGAUCGAGAGGGUGACUACAAAGAUCUGGAACUGUCCACUGAAUACCAACGCUCUGCAAUGGCUCUAUGCCGUCCUGGACAUCACAGUUAUCCCCUGCUUCUCAAUAGCCUUGGAAAUGCCCUUUUGGCAGCGUUCCAGCACCGGGGAGAUUACGGCAAGCUUCAAUCAGCCAUAGAAAUACUCACCGACGGAGUGAAGUACAGUCCAGAAGGGGACGUCAAUAGGACUCUGUUGUUUACCAAUUUGGCCAAUGCUCUCUGGAACCGCUUUCACUACGGUGGCGAUUCCAAUGAUCUGGUUCUUGCUAUUGACUACUACGAGAAACCGCUUAAUCUUCAGCAUAGGCGGAAUCCGAACUACAUUUCAUCCCUUUUUAACCUCGCCAAUGCCCUGCUACUCCGCUUCAGACAGAAGGGGCAGCUCAAAGACCUGGAUCUGGCGUUUGACUACUUUAGGACAUUAUUUGAAAUAUGUCCAAGUGACCAUGCCACUCGCCCAACCUGUCUUACCGGAUUUGGUAGUGUUCUUAUAAACCGCUUCAAGGAAAAGGGGGACAUUCGUGACUUAAAGCAAGCCAUUCAAUACUUCGAAGAAGGUCUCGCAAUCUGCCAACCGGGGGAUCCUAUGCUCAACGGACCGAUGCUACAUCUCGCUGAUGCCCUUAUCAUCCGUUUCAGACAGGAAGGAUGUGGAGAUGACUUAGAGCUGGCAAUUAAAUAUUGCGGUGAUAUCAUCGGGUUGCUACAACCGGAGCACAUCACUUAUAAAACAUGCCUGAUGACUUUCGGGGAUGCUUUAUACAACCGAUUCGAACAGCAAGCUGAAAUCACAGACCUAGACUUGGCUAUCUCCUACUACAGAAGAACUUUACUCGCUGUGGAUCAUGUUUCGCCCAUCUAUUCUCUAGCUACUGUCAGCCUUGCCAAUGCUCUCUUGGAGUAUUUCAAACAACGAGCAAAAAUCGAUGAUCUGGAAGAAGCUAUACAGUUAUACGCUACCUCUCUUAGAGAAUGUCCUUCGGGGCACCCCAACCGUUCUACAUGUCUCACAAACUUCGGAAAUGCUCUCAUAUGUCGUUUUCAAUGUCGUGGAGAUGUGGAUGAUAUGGAGCUUGCUAUUCAGUAUCACACCGAAGUCGUUGAACUGCAUUCUCCAGAACACUACGACCAUAGUCUAUGGCUCUCCAACUUGGCUUGCGGAAUCUUUGCCAGAUAUCAGUAUCAAGCAGAUAGUGAUGACCUGUCACGAGUGAUCGCAUAUUACAACAAUGCGCUAGAACACUCUCAGUCUCUCAAGGGUCCUAAACACUUCGCUCUUUUGACGAAUCUUGGUACCUGCCUUUCCCUUCGGUUCCGCGUCGAUGGUGUUUUGUCUGAUUUGACAAUGGCCAUCCAAUACCACAGGACGGUAUUAGAGUCACUUCCCCCAAAGCACCCUAUGGUUGGACUCGCAUUAACGGGUCUCGGCUCUGCUCUGUAUAGUCGUUAUGAAUCUCAGGGUGAUCUUGAUGAUCUUGAGCAAGCCAUUCAAUUUGCCUAUUCUUCAUUGAAGCUGAUGCUUCCAGACGAUCCCUCUUAUGCAAUGACCGUAUGUCAACUUUCCGACUUCCUUCUAAUAUGCUACACGAAGGACAAGAGCCUUCAGACUCUUUUAGCGGUGUACCUCCUGCUUCAAAAGGCCGUAGCCUAUACUCCAGAUGACCAUCCUAAUCGCGUGCGGAUCUAUCAGUCCCUGAUAAAAAUCCACGGGGUACGCUUCAACUUGAACCACGAGGCUGGGGACCAAGAAAAAAUAUUCGAAUACUACAACAGUGCUCUCAGUCAUUCUACUGGAAGUCCCUUUGACCGUUUGCAGGUAGCUUUGGGCUGGGUUACGGAUGCUGAGAAAUUUGGCGAUACAUCUGCAUUGAAGGCAUAUCAGGUCUCGUUCGAUCUUCUAGAUCAUCAUAUCACAGCCACUCCUUCCGUUUCUUCACGCCAUCAGGUCCUGCAAUCACGGAAGAUAUCCGAAAUUAUGGCAUUGUCUGCGGAUGCAACUUCUUGUGCAAUUCGCGAAGGGAAGUUGGAACUUGCAGUGGAGCUGUCAGAGCGGAGUAGAGGAAUGCUCUGGACUCAGCUCUCGCGCUUUAGAACCCCAUUGGAUGACUUGCGUCUUGUAGGAAAAGCCGGAAAAUGUCUAGCUGAUAGGUUCGAGACACUUAAUGGACCAGUUGUCAUCGUCAACAUUAGCCAGCACAGCUGUGAUGCUAUCAUUAUCUUGCAAACCGGGCCACCUCGUCAUGUACGCCUCCCCGACGUUACAGCGACUAAAGUAUCUGAAAUUUCCACGUCGCUCUUGGAUAUCUUGAAGAGCACCUCUGGGAUAGGGGAGGAGAAAACAAGAGAAAGAGGCAUCACAAUGAUUCUUAGGGAACUGUGGGAAUUGAUCGUGAAGCCUGUAGUCGGGGAGCUGAUGGGGAUCAUUCCUAGAGGAUCUCGCAUAUGGUGGUGUCCGACUUCCAAGCUUUCAUCUUUACCACUGCACGCUGCAGGGCAAUAUCACCAAGAUGGGCGCAACCUUUCGAACAUCUACAUCUCAUCCUACACGCCCACAAUAGCCGCCUUGAUACGAUCUCGGAGAUACAGCACUGAUACCCGUACUUUUCUUGCAAUUGGACAGGCUCAACCCAGCCAAAGUAGCCAAGAACCUGAACUUAAGUCUGUAGGCACUGAGCUCAAGCUUGUCAAAGGUCUUGUUCCAGCUUCCGUUUCGUUUACCGAGCUCAACGGAGACGAAGGUACUUCUGAUGCUGCGCUUCAAGGCUUUCGCGAACACUCGUGGAUCCAUCUCGCCUGUCAUGGAAAGCAAGACUUUGCGCAGCCUUUUGAUUCUUCGUUUGCGCUGCGUGAUAAACCCCUUCGCCUCAUAGAUAUCAUUGGAGAAGACCUCAGUCACCAGCAGUUCGCAUUCCUAUCUGCAUGCCAUACCGCCGUAGGUGAUAGAAAAACGCCAGAUGAAGUCAUUCACCUAGCAGCUGGGAUGCAAUUUUCGGGUUUCCGGAGUGUUAUCGGCACUAUGUGGGCAGUGGACGAUAAGACUGCCCAACACAUGGUUUCUGAAUUUUACACGCAUAUGUUCAGUGAAGGACUCGACUGUACCAAUGCAGCAAAAGCACUUAACAAAGCUGCGAAGACUGCGAAGACGAAAUUCAAAGAAGUAUCACUGGACCAGAGGAUUGUAUUCAUUCAUAUUGGCGCUUGAAGAGUUGUGAAGCAGCGUGUAAGAGCUCUUUAAAAUCAUGUAUCAUAACAUCUUACGACAAUAUCAAGACUAUCUUUGCACUUG